AGACAAAAUAUGUCCAUUUGAUAUUAGUCAAUAAUACAGACCUAUCACAGACAAAUAUCUUCAUCUUCUUCUUCCAAACUUUUGAUCUCUAAAGUUUAAAAUAUCUCUUAUCUUGCUCCUAUUACAACCGAAUCCAAAGAAAGCAAGUUAGAAUUGAAAAGCAAGAGUGAAAAAACUCAAAUAAUAGAGUUUGUAUCUCCAUCAUUAUAUUACUUGAGCAUGGAUGGCAUGGAAAUGACAAUGGCGCCGGGGCUGUCAGUUGUUGCAAAUAGUCUAUCCAAAAUCCUGAUAGAAGAGUACACAUUAUUGGGCAGCGGGACAAUGAGGCGCUUAGAAUGGAUUGAAAGAGAGCUGAGGUCAAUGCAUGGAUUGUUGGAACGGGUUGGGCAGCGCAGGUACGGCGAACAGGAACAAGAGUUGAAUGAGUGGGAAGAGAAAUUGAAUGAAGUUGCCCGUGAUGCAGAGGACGUCAUAGAAACUUUUGUGAUAAAAUCAGUCAAGCGGAGGAGGUGGGGGUUUCUGUAUUGGAUAGACAAACACAAGGUUGGGAAAGAACUGGAGAAGAUCCGCAAAAGGAUGAGAGACAUCUCUCAGUCUGGAAUGAACUUAAAUACAAAUAUUGUCAGUGUCUCUAUUGAAACAACUCCAGGAGGAGGAGAAGCAUCAUCAUCAUCGUCCACCACCACAACCACCACAGUAGUAGUGGCUAUGGAGAAACUGGAUCACAUUCUCAAUCAAACUAUUAUAGUUACCGCUGAAGAGAUGACGGAGAUGGUGGAGCGAGUAAAAGAUGAAUUUGUGUACCUGCAAAAUAAUAUAGUGUCGUCUAAUUUGUAUUGGUCAAGAAGUGAAAGAGGAAAUACGUGGUUGGAAGAGGUGAAGAAACUGUGCAAUUAUACUGAAAGUGUUGUGGGUAAUUUCAUCCUUGUCAAGGAAAGACGGGCUAAAAUGGGUAGGCUUAAGAAGGUCCUUUAUCUAUUAGCCGAUUAUGCUUCUGAAAAUGAAUUUAAGACGCAGCUGAAGUCUAUCAGGACUAGAAUAGGAGAUGCAAUGCACAGAAGUUUGACGUAUGAAGUUGGAGGACAAUUAGUCAUGGGAGUGGGAUUAAAAAGAACAACUCCCGUACCAGACUUGUCACAAGAAAGCUUGAUAAUUCUCUUCAUCUUGUUCCUUAUUGUUACUAUUCUUCUCCACUUCAGGCCAGGCUCCUUCUUGUUACUAAUCUUUCUCGUUUUCAUAAUGGUCGUUUUCAUAAUGGUCGAUGAAAGAGGAAAAACAUCAAAACGUAAGUCCAAGUCCAGUCUGAAGAAGCUGAAGAAACGGAAGGGAAGGGAAAUAAUAAGAUGCUUUACGCGCUUCUUGUUUUUCAGUGUUAUUUAUAUACCGAUUAUCCUCCUGGGUGAGAGUUACCCCGUCCUUGUAGCGCUCCUUUUAAUCUUGGGUUAUUCACUUAUUGAAGUUAUUGCAUGGAGUGUGAAUCUGCAGACAUCUAUAGACAAGAAUUUGAAAUAUACACAAAAAUAUUUUUCCACUAUAAUUUAUUUACCCAUUUCCCACCUGUUUCUGCUUCACCCUGUCCUGGCAACGUUCCUUUUCAUGUUGAGUUAUUUACUUAUUGAAGUUAUUGCGUGGAGUAGGAGUUUACGGAGGUCUAUGGACAAGAAUUUGAAGUGUGCGGAAAGAUAUUUAGCUCUAAUGCGUGCGUUUUUAAGUGAUACAACUGAGAGUGCAGAAGGCCUAAAUAAAAUGCCGAGUGUGUGGGUGGGUCAACUGGGGGUCGUGUCUCAAAAUGGUCAAUCUCUUAUUGAUGCUUAUCAAAAAGGUAAGGGUGGUUGUUUGAGCAGAAUUAAGUUUUCCAAGGACAUCAACUGUUUGUUGAAAGAGAUUCUUGAUAUAUCAGAUAGGAAGUCCAUUUAUGGCAUUGCAAAUAUUCAAAAAACGCAACAAGAGCUUCUACCUUUAUUAACCCCAAUUAGCAGCAUUCAAGAAAGAGACAUUGAGAAUGAAAUCAUUGCUGAACAUGAUGAAAGUUCCGAUGGUACACCAGCAGAAGCUGCCUCCUCCACGUAUCAGCCUGUCAUGGGGCUCAAAAAGAAGGUCCAAUUAAUCAGAGGGGAAAAGGAAUUGAUGGACGCAUUGCUUCUGGAUGCAAAUGAAAUGGGAGAACUAGAUGGAAGAUCCAGAAUCUGGGUGGAGCAAAUUAGAGUUAUUUCCCUUGAAGCUCUAUCUGUCCUUAACAAAUAUGACGGCACAUUGAAUCAUAAGCCAAUUCUCAUCUACAUUCUUAAGUACUGGACCCGACGUCUUGUUAAUAAGAAGAUAGAUGGUAUGAGAAACAAAAUUGAAGAUGCUUCUAGGAGAAGAAAAGCAUAUGGUUUAGUGCAAAUUCAAAGCCGAGUCGUACCCAAGGUUAAAAUAUUACGUGCAAGGAUGCAAUCGUCUCUCGCUGCCAAGGAAUCUAGUGUGGUUGGAUUUGAUGAUGACGUGGAAGUUCUGAUGGCUGAGUUACUGUCGGAAGAGAAAUGUCGAUGCAUUACUUGGAUUGUUGGAAUCGGAGGCACAGGUAAGACAACACUAGCCAAGUUGAUAUUUGAAGACAACACUGUUGUAGAUCAUUUUCAGCGUCGCGUAUGGGUGUCACUGCCUUCAAAUUGUACGGCAGACCAGUUUGUUGCAGAAAUUGGCAAGGAAGCCGCCGAGAAAACUAGCGUAGAAGAAGAAAACAUGUCCACUGAUUAUUUACUCACAGCCUUGGCACGUACAAAGUACCUCAUAGUUGUUGACUGCAUAAAAGAAACAUCCAAAGUAUACUUGGAUACCUUGAACAGGGCCAUACCCGAUAUGUCAACAGGAAGCAGAGUUCUUUUUACCACUCGCAAUGCAAAUGUAGCCCAACAUGCACCAGGUACAAUAUUUGUUCAUCCACUACAGUUAUUAGAUGACGAAACUAGUUGGCUGUUGUUCACAAGAUGUUUGAAGGUUGACAUUUCCCUAGAGUCACAAACAGAACUUAUCAAGAUUGGAAAACAAAUUAGGAUGAAAUGCGGGGGGCUGCCAUCACAAAUAUUGAAAAUGAGUGAUUUGCUUUCACAUAAGGAUGUUACAGGUGAGGAAUGGCUAAGCGUGCUCGGAGGGCAGCAGCUCAAUGAAAAUCAAAUACAAACUUGGUCUGAAACGCUUGACACAAUUAAUACAAACUUACCUUAUUAUCUGAGAAGAUGCCUAUUUUACUUUGUGCUAUUCCCUGCUGAAUUUGGGAUCCCUGUCAGAAGGUUGGUUGUUUUGUGGGUUGCCGAGAGUCUGAUUCAUCAAGCAGAAGAUGACGAAGUGCCUCCGGAGCUCGUUGCAGAAAGGUACUUGACAGAGUUGAUAGAUCGGAACAUGGUCCAAGUAGCCAAGAGAAAGUGCAAUGGAAAGGUGAAAACAUGUCGUCUCCCUAGUGCUUUGCGGCAACUCUGGUUGUCAAAGGCUAACGAGUCCAAAUUUCUACAAGGUCGCCGAUCUGUCAGGGAUUCUAGUGCAGACCCAAAAAAGUCCAUUAUUCGCCGGGUUGCAGAUCAUCUUGAUAAAGAUGAUAUCUGGAACGAUCACAUUCAUGGUGACAGUACUGAUUCAACAUCCUUUCAAAGCUAUUACAAGGACGUUCUCUCCUUUCAUUCCUUUGAUACUCAAGAGGGAAGUAAACCUGGAAAACAAGUAGGUAACUUUCUCAAGGGAUGUAUUUCAAGUGAUUGCUUCUUACUCCUUCUGGUGCUUGAUCUUGAACGCGUUUACAAACCCAACUUGCCUAAGCACAUAUCAAGACUUACCCGGCUAAGGUAUCUUGGCUUGAGAUGGACCUACUUAGAGUCACUUCCAUCAUCUAUAAGCAAGUUGUUGAAGCUGCAAACACUUGAUCUCAAACAUACUUACAUACAUACUCUACCUGCCUCAAUCUGGAAGAUGGAACUCAGACACUUGUUCUUGAGUGAGACUUACCGCACCAGAUUUCCACCUCAACCUAAAGGUAAUUCUCUAUCUGACCUCCAAACAUUGUGGGGACUGUUUGUGGAUGAGGAGACUCCGGUGAAGGGUGGCUUGGACAAAUUGGUCAAUAUCACAAAGUUGGGAUUAUCAUGCCAAUCAAUGUUACUAAACCAAGAGGCAAUGAUAGGUCAACUUGAGACCGUAUCUGACUGGAUUACAAAAUUAAAAUAUCUUCAAUCGCUAAGACUGAAAUCUAGAGAUGAAAAUGGUCGACCUUGGACUUUACACUUGAAAUCCUUCGAAAAUAAUGCAUAUCUCACCGACAUGUAUUUGCUGGGAAGCUUGAGCAGUUCAUCUAUUGUGUCCCAAUUUCCACUAAGCCUCGUUGAACUUACCCUAUCACAUUCAAAACUAGAGGAUGAUCCCUUGAUACUUUUGAAAGAUUUUCCAAAUCUUCAUACAUUGUCUUUACUAGCAGAUUCAUACACGGGGACAACUAUGGUAUGCGAAUCUCAUAGCUUUCCUCAGCUUCAUAUAUUAAAUAUUUGGAAGCUGGAGCAAUUAGAGGAAUGGAAGAUAGAGGCAGAAGCAUUCCCUUGUCUCAGACAACUAGAAAUCAGAUCCUGUUGCCAUCUGAAAAUGCUUCCUGAUGAACUAAAGCAUAUCAGCACUCUGCGUGAGUUGAAGUUAACAAACAUGCCAAGUGAAAUCAAUACUGAGACGUGUACCUUCCCACACAAUUGUCAAGUUGUCCAAACUCAUUUUCAGUAGAAUAUAUCUCCCCCACUGCACAGCACGUGAGCAUUUGGAAUUUAUCUACUGUGGGUUGUUCUGAAGGAAGGAUUGCAUAUCAACAAACUUUGUCAACUUAGUUGCUUACCGUGCAAAUGGAACUACUACUCGCAUGUCGUUGUUGAAGAAGAAAGGAUGGUGAACUGAUAGCGAGUUUUAUUUUUUAUUUGAAGCAUAUGUAUGUUUUAUAUAUAUGAAGUUUAAGUUUGUUUGUAGAAUUGUUUUCUAUGUAUGGUUUGUAUUUUGGCAGUGUUGUGUGGUCCUAAUGUUGUGAAAAUACUUAUAAAUAUGUUUUUAGU